GUUGUAAUCCUAAAAGAAAUCGAUGUUCUUCACGAAGUGUACAUUGGAAAAGUUUAGUUCUUUCACCUUACUUGGACGCCAAACUCAAACGUAAGUCACAUUGAUUUACUCAGUGAUAUUAUAAACCUAUUGACCAAUAAGAAGAAUUUCGAGAAUGUCUAAUUCGCCUCUACAAAAUGCAGGAUUCGAGACAUUCUCAAACAUCGCAGCGUUCGAAGAUCCUGACUUCGAAGACGACUUUUUUGGCGGAAUUCCGAGUUUCACUCAAGAUAUUUGGACCAACUCAAAGUGCAAAGGGAUGGAAAACGAUGACGAUCUUCCCCUCACGAAGUAUCUUUUGCAGUUCAACGAUGAUGAAGGAUGGAAUUCUGAGGAAGAACAAAGUAUGGAAGGAGAUAGUUUUGAAUGCGAACGUGGAGGCUUCGGAUGGGAUAUUGAUCCUAUUGACUUAGAUGCUAAUGCAUUUGAGGAUUCAGGGCUCACUCAGGAUACACCCGAUAAACCUAAGCAGGGAAAAGAAGAGGUGGUGGUAAAGGAAAGGAACUCUGUCGGGAAGUCGACUAAGAUGAAGAAAUCUGAUCAUAAAGAAGGAAAAUGUAACUAUGACCUCGACGAGAACGAGAGUUUAAAGAAAAGGAAUCCAGGUAAAAACACUGUAAAAUUUCAUUCUGUUCAGAGCAAAGAAAUAUCAACCAAGGCCGUGGCACAAUGUAAAGAAGUUUUCAAGAAAAGCACCAAUUCGACAGCGGAGAAACAAAAACCCCUGAGCACCUCUAAAACUCAGGCUGAGAAAGCAAAACAACAGCGGGAAAGGAAGAAAAAGUACAUUCAGGAACUGGAGGAUACCAUAGAAACUCUUAAAAGAGACAAGGCAAUGCUAAAGCAGGCCAGCACUCAGCUUCAUGAUAAAAUAGAGGGUCUCCAGGAUGAAAUCCGUUACUUAAAAGGCGUGAUACAAAACCAAAGUGAAUUGGCAACAAUUUUGAGGAGCGUUGCCAACACUCCUGGUAUUUCAAUCAGCUGUGGUGUCUUGCAGGACAGUGAAGGUAGUGAUGGUAAGGCAAACAAAAGAAAAUAUAAUGAUCAUGCGGAAGAUUCUGGUGAGAAAGAUUGCAAUAUGCAUCACAAAAGGAACAAGAGAAAAAUAGAAGAAAGCUCAGGUGACAAAAUCAGUUCAACUGAUGCAGGGGUUUGUGUUCAUGUCCAAAGUGGUAAAGUAUCACUUGAGUUCUGUGCAGAAUGCAGCAAGAAAGCCAAUGGUGCAAUAAACUGAGGUGAAACAGGUCAAAGGAAUUCAAUGCAUAUAGCAUACAUGAAAUUGUAGACACUGACACAGUUUUUACUUGAAAAUUGGUAGAUGAGUUGAAUUUAAAGAAGUCUGGACCCACUCUAAUUUUAACCCAUUAGGCUAUCAUGAGGUCAUUUGUUAGAGCAUGGUGAGGCAUCAAUGAUACUAGCACAAGGGUUGUGCGAGUAAAUUAUAGAUCAAAGAAAAGUUGCCUAAACUAGAGGCAUUCAAUGUAUCAGGUAAAACCUUCUUCUCACAAUAACACUACAUAUUUCCUUUAUGUAUAAGAACUGUCGACUUUCAUUCUGUCAGAUAUGAGCACUAACAAUAAGAGAAAUCUCCUUCAGUUUCAUUUCUUUGCAGGUUUCAACAUUCUCUCCAGGACUUUGAUGUUGAUAAUACUAGUGCUGGAUGAAUGCACUGUAGAGGAUACUUGCCACUCCUUGCACCCACUGGAGUCAAGUGUCUUUGUUUGGGGUGUGAGUUAAGUGUAAGUAAAGUCCCUCAAGGUUUAGUAAGUAUUUUCAUUUGAGGGACACAGGUAAAAGUUGUAUUAGUUUCAAAAUAUUACUGUUAAGUAUUUCUCGUUUCUUGUUGUAUUUGUGUACAUGGAGUUCUGUAUGUUCUGAAUUAGGUACAUGUGGGAAUGUAAACAGUUUUGAAUACCAAGUUUUAAAGGCGACUUGCAUUGUCCUGUCAAUCAGGUGUUUACUACGGUUGAAGCAAACAGCAAAACCCUGCACAACAGGUAGAACUCGCUAAAUCUCUGUGUGCAUUAUAUAAAUGACUUUCGUUUUUGUAGCAUUACCACAGGGGUUUAAAAAAGGAAGGAAUAUCACCAAGAGGGUGAUAAAAGGGUUUGAUCUGGCAGUAAAAUUUUGGAAUUCAUUUUGAAAAAGUUGAAUCUACACCUGUUCAAAUGUAAAGAAAAUAGUUAUUUAGUUUUUUCAAGCCAUUUUGUUUUUUAUUUAGCCAAAGGUACCUGUUUAUUUUUGGUUGGAGGACCUGAUUGACAUGUCAUUUUUUUCUGCCUUAAAACAAGGACAUAAAUAUAUGAAAUUUAAAAUUCUUGACUGAAGGAGAUAAAAAUUGACUCUAAUGAGACCUUUUGCAUAUGUUUUUUGAUUAUUACUGCAUGUACCUGUGUGUGUAUUUUGUACUUAUCAGUUACUGUAAGCUGAGAACAGAGAUGAUACUACUCUGGAUUAGCCACGGGCUGUCAAACUAGUGAUACUUGGAAAUAAAAAGAACUGGUUAGAUACUGUU